AUGGCCCCCGACGAUCAUCUUGACCUUCUUUCGUCACUCCUGACCAGCCUCCGCAACACCAAAGCCACGUUUGGCGAGAGCAGCGCCCAGUAUCGCGAGAUGAAGGCUUGGGUUGACGACCACAUCUCAGCUUCGGCGGCAUCUGCCGCUUCUGCGCAGGCAAUGCAGGCUCGGCCCGCCGGCAACGCCAACGAACAGGCUGCUGCUGAGCAGGAACGUCUGCCCCAGCAACAGCAUGUCUUCAAUCUCGCCUUUCGACCGCGCCCCCAGGGUGCGGGCUAUGCUCAGUGA